AUUGGAAUUCACUGUCAACUGGCCACACACACAGAUAACCAACCAUUAUUGUUCCGUUCCCCUUCUCCUCCCCAACCCCACCGACUCUUCUCGAUCCCUUCACAACUGGAUUUUCUCGCCGCCGGGAGGGCCGUCGGAGGCGCCGUUUUCCGGAUUCGUGAUAGGUGUUAUUUCCAGAGGAGUGCUGCUCAAUUUUGCGUCCAGCACCACACGAAUCUCCGGGACUGUAUCGAUAGAGACAUCUCGGGAUCUCGCUGAAUCGAUCGCCGCGCUGGUCAUGUAGGAUGAUUGUAGAGUAUUUUCGAUCUGUGAUUUGAUUCAUCGAUCGGAUCAGCCUGUCUCUGCGAUUUGUUGUUCGGAUUUGCGGAGAAUGGCUGGGCAGAGCCCUAAUAUGGAGCAAUUUGAGCUCUAUUUUCAGAGAGCGGAUGUGGAUCGAGACGGUCGGAUUAGCGGGAAUGAGGCCGUGGCUUUUCUUCAGGCUUCGAAUUUGCCCAGACCAGUUCUUGCCCAGAUAUGGACAUAUGCUGAUCAAAAUCGAGUUGGUUUCCUUGGUCGUCAAGAAUUUUAUAAUGCUCUUAAACUUGUUACAGUAGCACAAAGUAAGCGAGAUUUGACCCCAGAACUUGUUAAGGCUGCCUUAUAUGGAUCAGCUUCAGCCAAAAUCCCAGCUCCUCAGAUAAAUCUCGCAGCCUUACCAGGUCCUCCGUCAAAUGUAAGGUCAGUUCCAUCUACUGCUCAAAUGGUUAGCCCUCAUACAUCCACUCAAGGUGUGGUUGUGGGUGCCAUGCAAGGACCUUUGAAUCACCAAAACCAAGCUCCAAGACCAUCUCAACCUGCACCCCCUAGUACUGGGUUCCAGACUCAGCUUGGUGUUUCAACUCAAGGAGUGCACGUGCCAGGUUCUGUCCCACCAUCAAAUAGCCCUGAUUCUUUCAAUUUUCUUGGUGGGAGUACAAAUGGCACCAGAGUUGGAAUUUCUUCUCACGUGACCACCAGAAGCUCAAGUCCUGUAGUUCCGGCAGGCCUUGGUUCAAUGUCCCCAUCUAGUGCUCAGCCUAAAGGACCAGAAGUUACUGGGUCAUUGCAAGCUGCUCCAUCCAAGCCAAAUGAUACAACAUUUGUGAAAUCCCAGAGUGUUAAGGAAGACUUGAAGUCCCUUCCAACUGCGGGCAAUGGCAUUGCUUCAGACUCGGUAUUUGGAGAUGUGUUUUCAGUAGCAACACCUCAGCCACAGAAAAGUCCUGCGACAUCUACCUAUCCUGCAGGCAGCACAUCUCCCUUUUCAGCUGGGAAUUUGAGUUCUUUGAGAGAUCAGCCUGCUGCUGGCAAGACAAGUGUUGUUUCUCAACCACCUACCACUCAGCAGCUCCAGUCAGCUGGGAAAACAAAUCAGCAUGCUUUGGGGCCAAAGUCCUCUACAUUGCCUGCAGGUGGACAAUCUCAGUCUCAAUGGCCAAGGAUGACUGAAUCUGAUAUUAAGAAGUAUAACAAGGUUUUUGUGCAAGUUGACACUGACCGAGAUGGGAAAAUAACAGGUGAACAGGCACGAAACCUGUUCUUGAGUUGGAGACUACCACGAGAGGUCUUGAAGAAGGUAUGGGACUUAUCUGAUCAAGAUAAUGACAGUAUGUUAUCUUUGAGGGAAUUUUGCAUCGCUCUCUAUUUGAUGGAGAGGUAUAGAGAAGGGCGUCCUCUUCCAGCAACUCUCCCAUCUUCUGUUAUAUUUGAUGAAACAUCAUUCCCUGCCUCCACUCAACUUGCUUCCGCACAUGGCAAUGUGUCAUGGAGACCUACUACAGGUUUCCAACAAACCCAAGGGACUUCAAAUAUACGACCUAUCACUUCUGCUGUUGGAGGCAAGCCACCACGACCAGUUCCUGUCCCUGUUCCCCAGCCUGAUGAGCCCAUCCAGCAAAGUGCCAAAGUUCCAGUGUUGGAGAAACAUCUUUUGGACCAGCUUAGCACAGAAGAGCAAGAUUUACUGAACAAAAAACUAGAAGAGGCAAAGGAUGCAGAGAAAAAGGUGGCAGAUCUUGAAAAGGAGAUUUCAGAAGCUAGACAGAAAAUUCAAUUCUACCAUGCCAAGAUGCAAGAACUUAUACUAUACAAAAGCCGAUGUGAUAAUCGACUGAAUGAGAUAUCUGAAAGAGUUGUAGCAGACAAAAGGGAGGUUGAUUCAUUUGCAAAGAAAUAUGAAGAGAAAUACAAGCGGACUGGAGAUGUAGCAUCCAAGUUAACACUUGAAGAGGCCACAUUUCGUGAUAUUCAGGAGAAAAAAAUGGAACUGUAUAGAACAAUUGUUAAAUUGGACCAAGAGAAUGCUGAUGGUGUUAAGGAUCAGGCUAAUCAAAUCCAGUCAGAUCUUGAUGAACUGGUGAAAACCUUGAAUGAACGGUGCAAAACUUAUGGAUUACGGGGGAAACCAACUACUCUUGUUGAGCUUCCAUUUGGUUGGCAACCUGGCAUUGCAGCAGCAGCUGCUGAUUGGGAUGAAACUUGGGAUAAGUUGGAAGAGGAAGGAUUCACCUUUGUUAAAGAACUUACCCUGGAAGUGCAAAAUGUUGUUGCUCCUCCAAAGCCCAAGUCGGGUGUAAUUAGAGAAAAAUUGCCUUCAUUGGAUAACAGGGAUACUGUCAAAAAACCUUCUAAUGCUGAUGACGAGACAGGCAUUCCAAAUUCUGAGACAGAAGCUGAGAUUGAGAAACCAAAUGCCCACAACAUGGAGCAGACAUCAAGAACUCCCCCAGACAGUCCUGCAGGCAGUAAUGCUGUUGUGAGUCCAUCUAAGGCAGUAUAUGACCUGCGAAAAUCAGAUAACUUCAGUUUGAAUGGUUCGCCUCGGGCGUUCACAUUUGACACCCAGAGUGAAUAUGGUGGUGAAUCUGUACUUUCUAUGGAUAGAGGUUUCGAUGACCCAACUUGGGGUUCCUUUGAUAUACAUUAUGACUCUGAUGCAGCCUGGGAUUCCAACCCAUCCAACUCAAAGGAAUCUGAGGUUGACAAACAUGGCGAAGGCUUUAUAUUUAGUGGUGAUGACUGGGGUCUAAACCCGAUAAGAAUUGGACCCAAAAGCACGGACACCACCCUUCCUAAGCAGGGCCCAUUUUUUGAUUCAGUCCCAAGCACCCCCAUGUCCUAUGCCGGAAACUCUCCUCAUGCAGACAACCUCUUUGCAAGGAGUGGUCCAUUUGGAUUUGCAGACUCCGUCCCAAGUACCCCUAUGUACAACUCAACUCCCUCUUCGAGAAGGGUUGGUGGAGAUUCUGAGGAGCAUAGUGCAUAUGACAGCUUUUCAAGAUUUGAUUCCUUCAACAUGCACGAUAGUGGCCCUUUUAGUUCGCGUGAUUCUUUAGGAAGAUUCGACUCCUUCAACAUGAAUGACAGCGGGCCUGUGGCUUCACGCGAGACAUUCUCAAGAUUUGACUCCAUAAGAAGCUCUAGAGAUUCCGACUAUGAUCAGGGAUACUUUGCUCCAAGGGAUUCCCUCACCAGGUUUGACUCCUUCCGUAGCACGGCGGACUCUGAUUAUAAUUUUGGACAAUUUCCUCCAGGCCCGACAUUGUCUAGAUUUGAUUCCAUGCGGAGCACCAAAGAGUCCGAUUUCAGCCACAGCUUCUCAUCAUUUGAUGAUACAGCGGCAGAUCCUUUUGGUUCAAGUGGGCCGUUUAAGUCGUCUUCUUCGUUUUAUGAUGCUCAAACUCCGCGGAAAGAUGAUACAAGUGACCUGUUCGGAUCAAGUGACCCAUUCAAGACGACGACAUCUACAUCAUCAUCCUUCAAAGCUGAAACUCCACAGAGGAGUGAUUAUGAUAGCUGGAGAGCUUUCUAAUGUUUUUGUGUGUUUCAUUGUUCUGUGUUUGUUUGGGAGUGCUGGUUCCAACUCUUUCCAUUUGAAGGAAUCUUUGCCGUCUGUGUGGGGUUUGCUCUCUCUCUCUCUCUCUCUCUAUAUAUAUAUAUAUAUCUAGUUGAGGCAAUUUGGUUCUUAAUUUGAUUGGAUACAGAAUGUGAGAUUAUCAAUUUUUGCUGUAUUUUUAUGUGAUCUUGACCUUAUUAUUCUAAAACAGACACAGUCAGUCUUAUGUUCAUAUUAAA